AAUUAAUGCAGAUUGCAGGAAUGCAGAACUGCAAAAGCAGAACGAAAGUGGGUGAUGAAUGGAUUUUUGCGGUUCAUAUGCACACGUUUUCGACCCAGCUUUCUUCUUAGUUCUGCAAGACCUUGCCAAUUUGCUCAGGAAGUUUCAUACCUUUCAAACAUGAGCGAGCAGCCAAGAAGAAUUUGUCUUGUUGGUUCGGGCAAUUGGUAAGAAUUAAUUUAUUCUCUUUGAGUCUUUGACAGUUGAAAUAUUUAAUAUAUAUUUUGACAAUGCAAAUCCAAACCUUUUAGGUUUUUAAUGUUUUUGUCAUAUCUCCAUUGCUUGGAGCUUUUAUGUCUUUUAUGAUAUUGGUAUUAUACUGUAGUUCAGUAGUUCCACUAUUAAAGCAUGAUUGAUACGAUAAAGUAUAUGCACCCUGCUGUUUUUAUAGUUUGUGUAUUUCUGCACGUUUAUUUCAAAACAUCAGAGAAGAAACCUCCUACUGAUCCAGACAAUAUGUGUGAAGAAAUAUUUCCUAAAUUAUGAACAAGUUGUCAGACUUGGGUUAAGCUAAUUGCCAUAUUUUGAACAACCGGUGUCCCAGUUGAUUUGGACCCCUGUAGAUUUUGACCCCCGGGUCCAAAUCUCCUAGUGGAUAUGGACACCUCGGAGGUCCAAUUCUACUAGUAAAUAUGGACCCCCGUUGGCGGAUUUGGACCCCCUUCAAAAGUUAAUAUAUGUAAUGUGAAUACAUUAAUAUAAACCAAAUUCAAUAGUCUUAAUCAGUGGCGGCGGAACAGAUUUCAUUUUGGGGGGGCUAAUUUUUUUUUCCGUGAGCUAAGCCCCCCCCACUUUUACUUCUGGGGGGGCUUUAGCCCCCCUAGCCCCCUGUUCCGCCGCCCCUGGUCUUAAUUGUCAAUAACGAGUGGUUUUUAACAAAAGCAAUAGAAAUUGUCCAAAUCUGCUAAAGCUAAGGGGGUCCAUAUUUACUAGGAAAUUUAGACCCGGGGUCCAAAUCUUCCAGGGGGUCCAAAUCCGCUGUGACACGUACCAGCCCCCAGGUGGGAAUUAUGUAUUAUAGUCAAUUCGACUUUUUUUAACCCAUUAACUUGCAUUGCGCCCUGAUGUACACUUAUAUAACCUACAUUAUUUUUCCUCUGACUCUCCAACAACUGACAAUUUUAUUCGUCAAGGGCAACACUGCCCAAUGGGUUAACCCAGCAUUGGUAAAUUGACUGGCAUUGCACAGUAAAGUAAUAAAAUGUGGUAGCUAGAUAAGGUGCUUUGCCACUUAAAGGGUCAACAGGAUGCAUGGGCAGAUAUGAUACAUAGAUGCAUGAUACUCUGAUUAACCCAAUGAGUGGCCGUAACACUCUCCCAUUGACAAGUGAAGUUGUUGGGUGUUAGACAGGGUAAAGUAAUAAUGCACUAGGUAGAGCACAUCAGGGUGCAUUUUAUUGCCAUAAAUGACGUGAUUUUUCCAGGGUCAAAUGGGUUUGUUGUAUUUGUACAAAAGGAGAUUUCGAGUGGUGAAAAAUUUUCACAUUCUGGUCAUUAUAUAUAUAAUGAAAGUCAGCGAAAUCUUCAACUUCGAUAAGUUUAUUAAAAUAAUUUGACCUUUGAAAGGAGAGAUUGAAUGGAAGCAUGACAAGUGUCAAGAUCCCUGCGAAAAAGUAAAUUUCACAGAAGAGCUAGUGAGAAAGAGUAAUUAGCUUACAGCUGCUCCUGAAAUAAAAAUAUUUAUUCUUCGUUUGAGCCACCAAAAGGAUGCUGGCAGAGACGUUGCCACAGCUUGCGACUUCCAUAUUUAAAAUUAUCACUGUUACAUAAUUAUUUACAGCAAAACCUUUUUUGAAGAAGAAACAAAGAAAGAUCAUCAAUUUACAAUUUUAUUGAAGUUGCGCACGUCAUAUAGAUUAUUUACAAAAGUGAAGAGUAAUAAGGAUAUAGUGAGUAGUAGAUAUAAAUUGGAGUUAAUAAUUCAUUAUGUCGUGCGCAGUGGACAAAGUAGCAUAGUGCUUUCGAGUUGUCCACUGCCUACGAUUUGCUACUAAUAAGAAAGGAGCGGCGCUAGAACGAAUUCACAACUGUAUAUACUCUAUAAUUACAUUUGAGUUAAUAGGAGCGAUUGCUUAUAGUGUUUCUUAAACAGAUAGGACGAGCUAGAUUUUUUUAUUGUAUAAUCUACUGAUCAUUCCCAUAUUUUAGAUGAAGCGAAUUGAAAUGUAAAUUUUCCAUAAUUAGUUCUUACUUUUGGUCUGCUAAAAUUUUCUUUUGAAGCAAACCUCGUAUUAUAGGUGUGCGACGCGGAAGCUGACGUUACAUAUGUAGAAAAUAUAUUAGGUACAUUACUUGGUUCAUUUAAAAUUUUGUAAGUUAAAUUAGCUAUUUUAAGCUUGAAGACAUUAUCUAAUUUUAGGAUUCCCAAAAGGCUAUAGUAAGGAUUGGCAUCCUCUCUUUUGUGAGCAAAAAAUAUGCUUCUAAUACAUUUGUUGAGAGCUGUGCAGAGCUUGGUUAAAUGAGAAGUAUAAGUAUUGGCCCAGCUCAUUAGUCCAUAGUUUAUAAAACGGUAAAUUAAGGUAUAGUAGAGUUGCUUAAGCGUAUUUAAAUCAAGGUAAUAUCUUAAUUUGUUUAUGAUGCCAGUAUUUUUGGAAAUUUUGGCCUUCACGUGUUUGAUUUGUUGUUCCCAAGUGAUGUGUUUGUCAAUGUACAUACCUAAGUAUUUUAUGUAUUGUGUUUGUUCUAUGUUUCCAAUUUGGAUUUUACCAAUCUUUUUCUGUUUUGAGCCAAUAAUCAUAAAGUUCGUUUUUUUAAAGUUUAUUGGUAGUUUGUUUGUAGCACAAUAGUUAUCAAUUUUUUUAAUUUCCUCAUUCAUUACUAUUUCAAUUUCACUAACUGAUUUACCUGAGUAAAAAACAUUUGUGUCAUCAGCAAGUAUUCGGAAGGAUAGCUUUUUUGAACAGUUAGGCAUAUCAUUUAUAUACAGCAAAAACAAUAACGGUCCAAGUGUUGAUCCUUGUGGAACUCCACAAGUCAUUCUUAACAUUUCAGAGUCUGUGUUAUCUAUCCUAACGUAUUGUUGGCGAUUAGUUAGAUAACUUGUAAACCAUUGGAGUGGAACACCUCGUAUUCCAUAUUUUUGCAACUUUUCUAAAAGGAUUUUGUGAUUAACGGUAUCAAAGGCUUUUGAAAAAUCUAAAAAUAGACCGCACGUUAGUUGUUUAUUAUCUAUCGCAGAUUUUAGUUUAUCAGUAAGUUCGAGAAUUGCUUGGGCUGUUGAAUGCUUUUUCCUGAAUCCACAUUGAUAAUUGUACAUUAUAUUGUACUUUUCAAGAAAAUUAUCCAAUUGGUUAUAUACUAAUCGUUCUAAGACUUUUGAAAAAACGGAUAGUAUAGAUAUUGGUCGAUAAUUUUGUGGCUCAUUUGUGUCACCACUUUUAUAGAUAGGCGUAGUUCUAGAAAUUUUUUAAGAUGUCAGGAACAACGCCUGUGGAAAUGGAUUCAUUGAAAAUAUUGGUAAAGAUUGGCGAAAGUUCAUAUGCUGCUAUUUUUAUCAUAUUAUUAGGUAUAUCAAUAUAUACUUUAUUACUAUCUAGGCCUAAGAAAAGAUUGAGUACUUGAGUCUCUGUAAUUGGGGACAUAAAAAAACUAGGCACUGCUGCAUUACUAAUGUAACUUAUUGGUUGAAGGUUAGAAGUCAUGAUUGAAUUUGCAAGAUUUGGGCCUACAUUAAUAGAAUAUUGAUUGAACUGAUUAACAAUAUCUUGUUUAGUUGUAUAUAUAUAUCUUUAUAUUAUUGAUUGUAAUUUUUGUGGGAUGUAUUUGUCCUUUUGUUUUACGUUUGAUAAUUGACCCAAUUAGUUUCCAAGUAGCUUUCAAAUUAUUUUUACACUUCGCAAAUUGUGUGUUAUAGUAGUAAUUUUUGCUCUCAAGUUUUAUUUUAUUUAGUUGUUUGAAUAUCUUUUAUAUUGAUUUACUUUUUCUAUAUUGUUGCUAUGAAAGUGGGUACUAUACAUUUUUUGUUUAGUUUUUAUGGAUUUUAAUAUUGCGUCAGUAAUCCAGGGUUUAAUUAGUUGCUUUUUUUUGCUGAAAAAAUGUCAUUAAUGUAGCAUUAAAAUAUUAGUAGAUGUUUUGUUGUUUCUCAUAUUAUUCCAAUAUGUAAAAUUCUACAAUAUAUUUUUGAAAGAGGGGAGUAAAUUGGAAAAAGAAAUUUCUCAAAAAUUUUGCAGAUUUCUAAUAAUACCAGCUCGUUAAAAAUUUACACUACGGCUAAAACUGCCAUGAUUGUAGCUUGAUAUCAGGUCUUCAGGCCACUUGUUGUCAUCUCAAACUACGGCAAUAAACCUUAUGCAUAAUGACGUCACAAGGCUUGAUACCCGCGAGGAAUGCUGGUCUUAGUAGUCAUCAAAUUGGCCACUAUCUAAAUUUUCCCGGGCGAUGAUUACUAAUAUCAGCAUUCCUCGCGAGCAUCAGGCCUGAUGACGUCAUUAUGCAUAAGGUCAUUAUGCAUGCGAGUGCUGCGAUAAAAUUCCAGCCUUGGUUGUCGGCCCUGUGCACGCAGGAAUCAACCACAUUGAUGGUAAAACUGUCAACUAACCAUCUAACCUACCUCAUUUAUAUGUGUAGGGGUUCUGCUAUAGCAAAAGUUGCUGGUGAAAACGUCGUUCAGAAACCCGAGAAGUUCAUGCCACCUGUUACUAUGUAUGUGUAUGAAGAGAUGGUUGAUGGUCGCAAGUUGUCUGAGAUAAUAAAUACAGAUCACGAAAAUCCUAAAUAUAUGCCUGGUGUAAAAUUGCCAGACAAUGUGGUAUGUUCUCAUUGUAUAGCUAUUGCAAUUGUAGUUCCUGAUGUUCCUCUUGAGUAUAGGAAUGUGCCAUGCAGAUACUGCUUUGCCGGAUACAGGAUGGUACUGGAUAGUAGUGUACUGGAUAAUAACCGGAUGCCGAAUACUAAUGGUGGUGCUUGGAUGAUACGUCACUAAUUUUUCGUCAUAAAAUAGUCCAUUGUCUGUUUAGUAUGUGGCCGCACAAGGAUCGUCAGACAAUAUGCAGCAGAAAGCAGUUUACAUCACAAAAAAUGUGUCCAGUAGACUAAUUGUCUAAAGAGUAAUUGUUUAAUGUGUCCCAUGUCCGGUAGACUAAUUGUUUCUGUUUCACAAUAUCUCAACGCAAAACAGACGGUUUUGUGGUCACAAUAAAAGUUGCAGUACUAUCCAGUAAAUAUCCGGCAAAUUUUUAUGGGAUACCAGAUUGAGCAGGAUAUCUAUAUUUCGCGGGAUACCGGUAUCCAGAUCCGGCACAUCUAAGCCUACUUUUUAGUUCUUAGAACAAAAAAACGGGCAAAUGAGAGUGUCUUCUACUGCCCUACAGCCUUUGCCCUCCAUGGAGAGUUUCCUUUCUCACGGCCGAUUUUCCCCGCCAUUUUUUCGGGACUGCCUCUUUGUUUGAGAGUCUCCGCACCACGAAAUGCAACUGCUUAGUAUUGUAGUUGUUUAAUAUAUAAUGGUAAAUUUAGAGUUACAAUUUUUAAAAGUCGCUUUUCACGUUGUUUGAUUUGUCUAGAAUCUUUCACGAGGGCGGUGUUGACUUUCAAAUAUGGCGGUGUUGACCUUCGUGAGAAAGGCUAAUUGACUUCUCUCUCUUUGUCCCUAGGCAGUGGUGAACAACUGAAACACAUACAUUUGGGGGGGGGGGGUCAAAAAGGGGUGGACUGAUAAGGCGCGGAGGUGUGGAGGGUGCAACAUAAUAACCAUGAAAGGUGCAGUUUUGAGGGACGAGGCAGAAUUUUGGAGGUUAUGAAUAUUCCUUAUUUCCGGGACUAAAAAAUUCCACAUAUAUUCAUGCAAAUAUUGGCGUUGUUAAAAUACAUUAAAUUCCAUAUUCAAUUGUAACAGCAUAGAUAGAGGAUAUUACACGGCGGCGCGAACGAGCGCAGCGAGUGAGUAGAAUAUUUACGAACGAGCGCAGCGAGUGAGUAAAAUAUUGUUUUUAACACAAGAAUUCCGUAUUAGACAAAAAAUUCCGUAUUAGACAAAAGUUUUAGUUAUAAAUGUAAUUGGCUUAGCUUGAAGGAUGGAGGGGAGGCGGAAGGGCAAAUUCCCGGAGGGAAAAGCAGGCCACCGGGUUAGGGGUUGGAGGUUAGGGGUUGGAGGUUAGGGGUUAGAGGUUAGGAUUUGGAUUCGGAUUAACGUUUGGAUUAAUCGUAGAUCCAUUACAACGUAAUACUUUAUUGCAUACAACGCCAAUAUUGAGAUUAUUGGUUACAACGUGCGGAACGGCUGUUGAAACAAUUGAGCAGUUAACAAAUAAUUCCAUGUUCCGUUUACAAAUAGUGGAAGAAUUCCCCUUUCCAAGACGAACAACAAGAACAACAACAAGAACAAGAACAUCAACAAGAACAACAACAAGAACAACAACAACAACCACAACAACAGCAGCAACAACAACAGCAACAACAGCAGCAGCAACAACAAUAAUAGCAGAAACAACAGCAGCAGAAACAACAGCAGCAGAAACAACAGCAGCAGAAACAACAGCAGCAGAAACAACAGCAGCAGAAACAACAGCAGCAGAAACAACAACAGCAGCAGCAACAACAACAGCAGCAGCAACAACAACAGCGACAACAACAGCAGCAACAACAACAGCAACAACAACAGCAGCAGCGACAACAACAGCAGCAGCAACAACAGCAACAACAGCAGCAAUAACAGCAGUAACAACAGCAGCAACAACAACAACAGCAACACAGCAGCAACAACAAUAG